AUGUUCCAACAAAACAACGAUUUUUGUACAGUUUGUGGCACAAUUUUGCCGUUGCCUGAACUAAUGCCUUCAACCGUGCAAUGUGCUCUAUGCAGAAAUAAAUGGCCUGCUAAACUUGAUCAAGAAAGAAAUACCUUUACCUACAAACGAAGCUUCGAAAAAACACAACAAGAUGACGAUAAAAAUUUAAAUGUGGAGGAAGAUGUGACAGUGGAGCAUUUGUGUCCAAAAUGUGAUUAUAAUGUAGCUACAUACACAACACAACAAACGAGAUCGGCAGAUGAAGGGCAAACGGUUUUUUAUCAAUGUGUGAAGUGUAAGCAUAGAUGUAUUGAAUAUUCCUGAGAUUUUGUUGAGUUUCCUUUUGAUAAAUAAAUUGUUGAUUUUUUGAGGUGGUCUUUGGGAUUACUUUAAUAUAAAAGCUCAAGUUUAGUUCCAAGUU